AUGUUUUCCCUGACCAAGCUAGCGUACUGUGUUUGCGAUGACGACGAAAGAACAUUUUAUAACGAUUUAGAGACGUUACAAAUCGAUAUUCAACCUUGUUGUAUCGAUGUAUUGAGAUACCUAAAGAACGAGACAAAAUCAAAUAUUAUGGAUGACGAUAUUGAUUUAAACUAUGACGCAAAUUCGAUGAGCGAAAAAGCCGCAGCCAGUGGACAUUUGGAGUGCUUGGCGUUCGCCGAAAGCCGCGGGUUCCCAUGGACGCGAACCAUAUGCACCCAGGCGGCCGCCAACGGACGGCUCGAGUGCCUUAGGUACGCGCGCGACCGGGGCUGUCCAUGGGACGUGUCGGUAUGCGAGCACGCCGCGGCCAACGGCCACUUGGAGUGCCUGCGGUACGCGCGGGAGCACGGUUGUCCGUGGGACUGGCUCGUGUGCGAGAAAGCGGCCGGCCGCGGCCAACUCGAGUGUCUGGCGUACCUCUGGGACAACGGGUGUCCGUGGGACGUGUCCACGUGCGAGGCGGCCGCGGCCGGUGGGCACACCGACGCGUUGCGGUACGCGUACGAGCACGGCUGUCCCUGGGACUCGGCCACGUGCCGGGAAGCCGCUGGCCACGGCCACCUAACGUGCCUGGUGUACGCCCACGAAAACGGAUGUCUCUGGGACAGCACGACAUGUGAAGCGGCCGCAGCCGGUGGCCACCUAAGCUGUUUAAUGUACGCGCACGAGAACGGCUGCCUUUGGGACAUGUCAACGUGUGACGAGGCUGCGUCAAACGGGCACGGCCAAUGUCUGGAAUACGCGUUAGAAAACGGUUGCCAGUGGGACGGAUGCAUUCCGUGA